AUGAUGACUGGAAAGAGAUCGUGGACAGGAACAAGGCAAGUGCUGUGCUUUAUUGCCGUGUCCUGCUUUGCAAAUUUGAUUUCUGGACAAAUCCGCUACAGAAUUCCGGAAGAACUAAAGCAUGGAGCUUUUGUUGCCAACAUUGCUGAUGAUUUAGGUUUAAAUGUCAGUAAGCUAACUGCCAGAAGACUACGUAUCGUGUCUGGUGCCUCUGCGCAGUACUUGGAGGUAAAUUUGGGCAAUGGCAUUUUGUUCGUGAAUGAAAAAAUAGAUAGGGAACAGCUCUGCGGUCUGAUUCUCACUUGUUUUCUACAUCUGGAAGUUGUUAUCGAAAAUCCUCUUGAACUGUACCGUAUUGAAGUAGAGAUUCUAGAUAUAAAUGAUAACUCACCAACUUUCUUGAGGAAGGAUAUCUUUUUGGACAUUAUAGAAUCGGCUUUGCCAGGGACACGAUUCCCUCUCGAGAGUGCUCACGACCCAGACGUGGGCACUAACUCAGUUCACACCUAUAGGCUCAGUCCAAAUGACCAUUUUAUCUUGGAUGUGGAGACACGAAGUGAUCGCAGCAAAUUCGCAGAGCUGGUGUUGGAUAAGAUGCUGGACAGAGAGCAACAACAGACCCAUCAUCUAGUUCUGACGGCAGUUGACGGAGGGGUGCCAAAGCGGUCUGGUUCUAUCUUGAUCACUGUUAAUGUCCUGGAUGCCAAUGACAAUUUGCCUGUUUUCGAACAGACGAUUUACAAAGUUUCCUUGGAAGAGAAUGCGCCAAAGGGGGCGUUAGUAUUAACAUUGAACGCCAGCGAUUUAGACGAAGGUUCCAAUAGCGAGAUAGAAUAUUCUUUCAGUAGUCAUACUCCUCCGAGAGUACGCGAACUGUUUAAUGUGGACUCCCAUACAGGUGAGAUUCGAGUUAAAAGUACGAUAGAUCACGAAGAAAUGAAUACGUACGAAAUUUAUAUUCAAGCCAAGGACAAAGGUGGCCCCUAUGCAAUACCUGUGCAUUGUAAGAUUCUUGUAGACAUAAUUGAUGUGAAUGAUAAUGCGCCUGAAGUGAUCCUGACUUCUUUGUCCAGUCCAGUGAUGGAGGACGCCAUGAUCGGGACAGUAAUUGCUCUCAUCAGUGUUACAGACCUAGAUUCUGGGGAAAAUGGACAGAUUAACUGUGAGAUUACUCAGGAAGUUCCAUUUCGGCUUCAGUCAUCUUUUAAGAACUAUUACACAUUGGUGACGACCGCUCCUCUAGACCGCGAAAGAGUACCAGAAUACAACAUCACAAUUAUGGCAAUUGAUUCAGGAUAUCCUUCUCUUUCUACAAACAAAUCUAUAUUUCUCAAGGUUUCAGACGUGAAUGACAAUGCUCCAAGAUUUUCGAAAUCUUCAUACACAGUGUAUGUCACAGAAAACAACGCACCUGGCGCUACCGUUUGCUUUGUGACAGCAUUGGACCCUGAUUCGAAUCAAAACGCCUACCUAUCUUAUUCUAUCAUGGACAGUACGAUCCACGGAUUACCCUCCAAAACCUAUGUCUCAAUCAAUUCAGAUAAUGGCAACGUCUACGCAUUACGUUCAUUCGACUACGAACAACUAACAGAUUUUCAAAUCCAAAUCCAAGCUCAGGAUGCUGGAUUUCCACCACUCAGUGGUUCUACCAAAGUUAAUGUGGUCAUCCUGGAUCAAAAUGACAACGUUCCGGUGAUUGUCUCCCCAAAGCCAAGGAACGGUUCAGUUGCACGACAUAAACUGUCGCAAUCUUUGCACCCGGGGCAAUUAGUGAUCAAAGUCAUUGCCACAGACGCUGACUCUGGACAGAAUGCAAAGCUCUCCUAUCUAUUACUGCGAGCAACAGAUCCUACACUAUUCAACUUGGCACUCCACACAGGCGAAAUAAGGACGACCCGGCGUCUGGGAGACAGAGAUAUCCCGAAGCAAACUCUGCUCAUCCUCGUGAAAGAUAAUGGGCAACCUCCUCUUUCAGCCACGGUCACCAUCGUAUUUUCAAUAAUGGAGAACAUUACAGAUAUUCUGCCUGAAAUCAGCAAUUUACCUGAGAAUGCAGAGCAAAAUUCUGCUUUAUUAUUUUAUAUAAUUAUCACAUUGGGAUGCAUUUCACUUGUAUUCAUUGUGGCCAUUAUCAUCGUCGCUACCAUCAAGUGCCACCAAUACAGAAACAAUGCCCACAACUGCAACACCGCCGUCGGGAAUUGUUGUUGCAUUCAGCAUUUGAAUUCGGCAGAUAUUUUGCAAGCCUCUAAAACAAAUCCCCAAGUAACCACCAAUCCUAAAGCGCCACCUGACUUUUUAGAGGUAGGUGGAAGUGGGAUAGUCUCACAGGCCUAUUAUUACAAGGUGUGUUUGACCCCUGAAUCUGCGAAGAGUGAUUUUACUUUCCUCAAACCAUACAGCCCAGGGAAACCCGAUGGUGGGACAAGCACCAGUGACCCAGAUGGAGUGGAAUGGAAAGGAUAUUCACCAAAACGUUUAAAUACUGAUGUUUCAACUGCCAAUUUCAAUUCGAAAGUCAUUAAAUUUCGCAAGUGGAAUGAAGAUUUAUCCAGUCAGGCUAAUCAGAAAGAUCGAGAAUGA